ACAGGCAGACGGGCGGAGCAGCAGACGUGCAGGGCGGAGGCGCAGUCUGCACCAUGGCGUACCCCGGGCACCCUGGCGCCGGCGGCGGGUACUACCCAGGCGGGCAGUAUGGAGGAGCUCCUGGAGGGCCUGCGUUCCCCGGACAAACUCAGGAUCCGCUCUAUGGUUACUUCGCUGCUGUUGCUGGACAGGAUGGACAAAUUGAUGCCGAUGAGCUGCAGAGAUGUCUAACGCAGUCUGGCAUUGCUGGAGGAUACAAACCUUUUAAUCUGGAGACUUGUCGCCUUAUGGUUUCAAUGUUGGAUAGAGAUAUGUCUGGCACCAUGGGAUUCAAUGAAUUUAAGGAGCUCUGGGCUGUGCUGAAUGGCUGGAGACAGCACUUCAUCAGCUUUGACAGCGACAGGAGUGGGACAGUGGAUCCCCAGGAGCUGCAGAAAGCCCUGAUGGCGAUGGGAUUUCGCUUGAACCCGCAAACUGUGACUUUCAUUGCCAAGCGGUACAGCACCAGCGGGAAGAUCACCUUUGACGACUACAUCGCCUGCUGUGUCAAACUGAGGGCUCUCACAGAUACCUUUCGAAGACGGGAUUCUGGUCAACAAGGAAUGGUGAAUUUCUCGUAUGAUGAUUUCAUUCAGUGUGUCAUGACCAUCUAAGUCAAGAGGAAGCUGUCUGAAUACACUCAACAUUCCAACUGGAGCCCGCCUUUGCUUUCUCCUGGCUUUCAGUGCUGUGUGCAGGUUCCCACCAACACUCCCCGACAACCGCCGAAUGGGAUCGUGACUUUAUAUACGGCUGCAGCUUCAUUUUUAAUUUUGAUAAUAAAUGCUUGAAGUUCAAUAAUAUAAGAACAAGUCUGUUGUACCAGUCAGAACCUCCUUGAGCCAUUAUUAACCAUGCCUUAUUUUCCUGCUGUCUUUUAUAUAAAUUUAAGUAUGAAAAUUAUGUAAAGCAAAUUAUAUAUUUUCUCAUGAGAUACGGAAUCUUUUCAUCAGGCUUAGCAGCUAUUCUUUCUUGCCCUGAGGAAUGUGGUUAAAUGCUUUGUGAGGGGUAUUCUUAUAUAAGUGUUGUAGAUCCACGGAGGUGCUGUACAAACCAGUGCGCAUACUAGGAAGAAACCAUGAGCUUUAGAACUCACAGGUUUGAAAGCCUUGAGUGGACAGAGAUAUUGAAUGACUAUCAUCUGCCUCUUUAAAAACCUAUAGAUAAUUUAAGGGGCAAAAAUACCAUCACCAUGUCCUUCUUUGUCAUCCAUCCAAACUUUUGUUCAUUAUACUUAAAAGUCUUGUAUAUUCUAAGCUUAAAAUUACCAGAAAAAGACCAAAGGGAAAUAAAACUAUAUUAACUGCUUAUUUUUGAAUAAUGGGAUUCUAGAUGACUUUAAUUUCCUUGAUGUAUUUCCCUAUCUCACAAAUUUUUAUAAUGUGUACGCUUCCAUUUUAAACCGAAUGUUGGGCGUGGAGAGACAGCUCAGCAGUUACGAGCAUGGACUAAUCUUGCAGAGGACUCAAGUUCCCAGCACCCAUGUUGGGUGGUUCAACUUCUGCCUCUGGCCUCUACAGGCACCUGCACUCAGAUGCACAUAAAUGUAUAUGCACACACAUAAUUAAAAGUAAUAAAAAUAAGUAAAACCAGAUGGGAUAAAUUUUAGAACAUUGUUAACAUUGAUUUUCAAAUGCCAUGUAUUAUUUAUUGAAACAUAUACAAGAAAGGAACUGAAGUGAAUGAAUCAAUCGUUAUCCUGGCUUAAACCACUGGAGUAGGAUCUCCCUUCCCACUAAAUUUCCAAGUCUUCUACAAUCAGGUUUUGUACACACACACUUGGGAAAAAACUUUUUCAAAUGUUUAAAUAAUUGGCUUUCCGGCAAUGCCUUGCUAUGUGUGUGACUUGGUCAUUCUGGGUAAGGACAAGACACUCAGUGCGGUCAUCUUUGCAGAGAAUUCUUACCCCACUGGGUAGUUCUGAGUAUGGGAAAAGUAUGCUGACAUAAAAAGCAUCUGUUGUAUCCCUUUUUUGUUUUUUUUUUAACAGUUUAGCUAAAAAUGGUAAACUGUUUUCUCGCUAGCAGUGCAUCUGUCUUGUUUCAGGCACAAUGUGAACAUGACUGUUCAAGGGAAUGAUUAAUUAUAAACCAGUGAAAUAAACAUUUCAUAAGCGU